UCUCUAGCGGAUGUACCGGUCGCAUCUGUCAGUUUCCGCCGCGCCCGAAACCGAGGAAAAAACUAACCAGAAAGGGUAGCAAAGAAAGAGGGGGCAGAAAGGACACCGCCCUUUCUCUCUUCCUGGUUUUUCGCCGCUCCCUCGGAAUCGCAGCAGCAGGGCAGAGCACCUGUAGGACCACUGUGAACUGGCUGUCCUUAGUUGGGAAUUUGGAUGGCUGCUGCUUUAAAGACAAGUGGCACAUUUUGUAAUACACUGCAGCAGUGGCUGCAUCCGACAAGGGAUCAGUUUUUAUAUGGUUAUUCUCAUUCAAAUACCAAAGAAUGUAAAAGCAAGAAUACAAAAAGGCCUGUUCCAUUAUGUGUUAAAGCUACUUCCACGAAAGCGGAGCUAGAUUUCAGUGAUCCAUCUUGGAAACAGAAGUUUCAGAAAGACUGGGAUGAGCGUUUUAAUCUGCCACAUAUUACUGAUAUAUAUGACUUGAAACCAAGGACAACUACAUUCUCACUCAAUAAAAAAAGAACUCCUACACGUGACGAAAGUAGUACACCUAUGGACAUGUGGAAUGGUUACGUGAACAAUGAUGACCGAGCACUUAUGAAGGUGAUAAAUUAUUCCUCCCCUACUUCUGCUGGAGCUGAGUGCAUUGAUCCUGAUUGUAGCUGGGUGGAGCAAUGGGUGCAUCGUGCAGGACCUCGUAAAGACAUAUACUAUGAGCCAGUGGAAGUAAAAGCUGCUAUAGUUACUUGUGGAGGUCUCUGCCCUGGUUUGAAUGAUGUCAUCAGACAGGUAGUAUUCACCUUAGAGACAUAUGGAGUUAAGAAUAUUGUUGGAAUUCCAUUUGGUUAUCGUGGGUUUUUUGAGAAGGGCCUAAAAGAAAUGCCUCUUUCACGUCGUAUAGUGGAGAAUAUUAAUCUUGCUGGUGGAAGUUUUCUAGGAGUCUCCCGUGGAGGAGCUAAAACUAGUGAGAUUGUAGAUAGUAUACAGGCCAGAAGAAUUGAUAUGCUUUUUGUGCUUGGUGGAAAUGGUACCCAUGCAGGAGCGAAUGCUAUACAUGAUGAGUGCCGUAAGAGAAAGCUAAAAGUUUCAGUUGUAGCAGUUCCAAAGACCAUUGACAAUGAUAUACCUUUGAUGGAUAAAACAUUUGGUUUUGAUACAGCUGUUGAAGAAGCUCAACGGGCCGUUAACUCCGCCUAUAUAGAGGCACGUAGUGCAUACCAUGGUAUUGGUUUGGUCAAAUUAAUGGGAAGAAGCAGCGGCUUCAUUGCAAUGCAUGCUUCCCUUUCAAGUGGGCAGGUUGAUGUCUGCUUAAUACCAGAGGUCCCUUUCACACUAGAUGGAGAAUGUGGUGUCUUACAGCACCUUGAGCAUUUAUUGAAGACCAAGGGAUUCUGUGUGGUUUGUGUUGCGGAAGCUGCAGGACAAGAAUUAUUGCAAAACUCAGGUGCAACUGAUGCAUCAGGGAAUUUAAUACUUAGUGACAUUGGUGUUCACAUGCAACAAAAGAUUAAGAUGCAUUUCAAGGGCAUCGGCGUUCAUGCUGAUGUAAAAUACAUUGAUCCAACGUACAUGGUACGGGCAUGUCGUGCCAAUGCAUCUGAUGCAAUUUUGUGCACCGUACUUGGACAAAACGCUGUCCAUGCAGCAUUUGCUGGCUUCAGUGGUAUCACCUCCUGCAUCUGCAACAAUCACUAUGUCUACCUUCCGAUCACAGAAGUCAUAACAGCACCGAAGCGUGUGAACCCUAACAGCAGGAUGUUACAUCGUUGCCUCACGUCCACAGGCCAGCCAGACUUCCACUGACACUACUCGUCUGUGUUGCGUAAUCAAGUUGAUGAAGAUACUCUUUUGCUGUUGUGCUACCACCAUGAUUACCAGUAUGAUAGUUGACGAUCAUGUGAUGCUGAGAUGAAACUUGGUCCUGAAAGAUAUUUUUGACUGCCUGAACUCCAAAGUUGUUUUUUUCGAGAAAACGCAAAAAACUUUUGUGUUUCAUUGCAUUGAAAAGAUAGAGUUGUUUUACAAUCCUCAUAGGAGGCAGGGUACAGGUUGUAGCUAUGAUGUAUCUCAACUCUGUCUAUUGUCGUGGUGGUGCAUGUUAGAGAGCAGUGUGAGUUAUUGUUCACAA